UUGUCACGUGUUUCCAUGUCGCGCCAGCCCGAGAAUGUUAAGAAUCCAGGUCGAGCAGGGAAACGAACAGCAGAGACAGUCAUGGCGGCGGAAACAAGGGAAGCCAAGACCCCAUCUCACGCUCGGAGGCCUUGGGACGGAAACAUACGCGAUGUCGUUUCCCUGUUGGUGUUUUGCCAAGGAGAAGGAGGAGAAAAGAUGCAAAUAUUGGCGUGGGAAGAUCAAAAUACCAUCACUCUACCGAGAAAAGAGAUCACAGCGCAGGAUACGAUUCAAGAGCGGGAGUCAGGAGGAGGUUCCUCAGGCACAGCUCUUGGCACUACCGCGGCACCCUCGCCUCUCCUCAUAUGGCCAAGGGAUGUAAGUUAUGAACUGGUUUCUAUCAGCCUAGCAGCUGAAGUACUGAAGAUGACUCCAAGCCAUAUCAACACACCGCAACUUGUCCAGCUCACGCGGAUCUAUGUCCCAUCUUUGCGCAGGCACUUCCAUCACUCUGUGUUUGCGAUUGAGGUCUCGAGUAAACAGUUGGAGAAGGUUCAAGAUUUAGAAGGGAGAGUUAGCCUUACUCUGCUAGAACUGAAGAAAAUGCCCCAAAGCAGGUUAGAGAGACGGAAUAUUGUCAAAGUAGCAGAAUAUGUUAACAGCCAGUUACGAGGGAAAAGUUGUGAUAUUGGAGCCUCUCUAAAGGAGAUCGGUCCUCAUCAGAUCUGGCACCAGGUUGAUUCCCAGCACAUGACCCCAGAUGAUCAGCUGCUUCGGUCCCCAGGCUACAGAGAACAAGAUAUUGAACUUUUGUAUGAAGAAUAUGUAAGGCGAAGCUACCCACAUUCUACAGUCUGUUUUAGAGACAUGAAGCCAUUUCUUACAGAUUUAGGAUGGAAGGAUAAGGAAGCUGAUAUAUUCAGGGCCAUGGAUGGGCAGAAGACGGGAGAGUUAGGGCCGAGGGAAUUCAUUCUUGGACUAACGGCAAUGGAUCCCAUGACCAGCCAUGGAAAAGGACCUGCAGAAAUACGAUGUCGUUAUAUAUUCAAGUACUAUGAUAAGAAUGAUGAUGGUCACCUUGAAGUAAGUGAGCUAAAGGAGUUGGUGAAGGACAUCGCUGAGCUCCAAGGUCUCGAUGUUACUCCCAAGACUCUGGAGGAAAGGACCAAGAAAGCUUUAGAAACUUUUGACAUUGAAGAUGAUUCAAAGUUAUCUCUCAACAACUUCCUUGUCUGCGUUGGUAACCUACGUUUCAGAGGAACGUCACUACUCCUCCGUGCUAAUAUGUCAAUCAUCCCACAUCUGGUACACAAGUAUGGACCGUCCAGCUCACAGAAAGUUCGCAGUCCCUUUAGAAGUCCGGCUUCUCCUGGUUUGGAGCGAAAGAAGUUCAGAAAAGGAUCCCAUACUGAUAGUGAAAGAGAUCCAACUGGUAGCUUUGUGUGUGAGAACAGUGCUGUCCGGACAUUUUUCUCAGAUUCAGAGUUAGACCAAGAUGUCGUUAUGAAGUCAGCUGAAAGCAGUUCUCCUGGUUCUAUUCCCCUUAGUGAUGGAGCCUUCCAGAGUCAAGAUUCUGGCAGUUACACCCUUGCACAUCACACAGUUAAAGUGCGGCGGUCUGGUCAGAUAACAGACAUUCACCUUUUGCUGGACAUGGAACGUGCUGGAGAAGUCUGUGACACUGGUUUUGACGUGGAUGAGAUGGUACCCUGUGACAGUAAUGGUGAGAUGCAGUCAAGCAGCAUGAUUGCUCCUGAAGUGCCCCAGUUACGCCAUAGGUUUUUUGACAGAUACCAGUCUGUUGAAGCCUUCAACCUGCGGUCACUCCCAAAUGAAAUGAUCACAGCUUUGCGAUUCUUCGAGCACGAAAAAAGUGGCAAGCCUUCCUUGAACUGGGGUGAAGUGGACAUGAUGAAGUUAGGCCAGUAUAUAAUCUCAAUGUGUGCUGCCAUUAAGGAUGUGUUUGAAAAUGAAUCACGUCUACUGUGGCUUUCUACUCCGUGCUAUAUUUUAGGUGACAUACAUGGCAAUUAUCGGGACCUGGUGUGUUUUGAGAAGGCACUUUGGAGGGUUGGUCCUCAUCUGACACCUGCCAACUUUUUAUUCCUUGGCGACUAUGUUGAUCGUGGGGAUUAUGGCAUUGAGGUUGUCUCAUAUUUAUUUGCUCAAAAGCUUCAGGCCCCUGGAAAAUUCUUCCUCUUGCGUGGCAAUCAUGAGGUUCGCGACAUCCAGAAAAUGUUCACCUUUCAUCAGGAAUGCAAAAGAAAGUUUGGUGAACGUUUAGGAACAAAUGUUUGGAAUGCUGUAAAUGAAGUAUUUGACUGUAUGCCAGUUGCUGCUAUUGUCGAUAAAAAGAUAUUUUGCAUCCAUGGAGGAAUCCCGAAGCUGGACGGCCAUGUGAAGGACCUAGAAAGAAUUCCGUGUCCGCUGCCAAACCCCGAAUCUCAAAGCAACUUGGCAUGGCAGAUGAUGUGGAAUGACCCAGUGGCAGCUGAAGAUCUGAAUGAUGAUGUGUCCGAGCAACUGAUGAACAACAGUGGAUUUGCCUUCAAUGAAAAGAGACAGACAGCUUACGUUUUCAACCAAGCAGCAUUUAAUGCAUUCCUAGAGAGAAACAACUUAACACAUGUGGUGCGAGCACAUGAAGUUAAGCAGGCCGGCUUUGAGAUCCAGCAGAGUGGACGGCUGAUGACAGUUUUCUCAUCGUCACAUUACUGUGGAGGAAGUAAUGAAGCAGCCUGCAUACUGGUGCAUAACUACCGCAUGAGAAUUAUUAGGAUUGAUACAUCCUAACUGGAGAACUGGUUGAUGAAGUUUCUUUACAUGUUAAUUACUCAGCCUAAGAACACCUUUGUUUGGUGUGGAGUAACAUUAUUUUGCAAAGAUAUUGUACAGUCCUUUUGUAAAGAGUUUUAUGAUUACUGGCACAUAGUAAAAAAUUCAAAGAUCAAAGUAAUUACUCAGGUAGAGUAUAUAUAUUUAUAUGAAGUGUAAAAGCAACCCUUAUUAUUUAUUGCAUAGAUUUUCUGUUUAUAAUUCUGUGGUGCAAUUAACAAGUAAUUUCUUGUCCUUUAUUGAAUAUGAAUUAUUUUAUAGCUUUAGCUAGUCAUUCAUGAAGAAUUUCUGAAAAGUAACCUCAUUUGCAUACAAAUGCUGCUUUCAUUGCCUUUUUCUCUUUCUUUCCAUAUUUCUCCACUUCAAAUUUUAAGGAAAGCAUAAAUAUUAACAGUGUAUUAUUAUUUGUUGUUUUUUGUUUUGUCAUUAAUAUCUUACAUGUUCCAUCCAUCUUGUGCUUUUUGCCUCAGAUUGUACAAAAUCAGAUAACCAUGCCAUUACUUAGUUACAAGUUAUAGUUUACUAGUCCAGCAAACUUAGGACUAGACAGGUGCCUGAGUAGAAGAUUUUUUAAUUCAAUAAAGCUAAGGUAAAAAGCUAAAUAAAGCAAUGUGCAAAGUACUGUUGAUAGCAAUAUAAUUAAGUCAUAAACCAGCUCAGACUUACUGGACUCUUGUAUGAAAAAGUGUUAGUCCCUUUGGCACAAGUUUACUAAAUACUGUAACACGGUUCAUGCAAAGUAAUGACUCCCAAACUCAAAUCACUGUCCUGAACCAUGGAAAGUGAAUGCCAGUACAUGUAGGGCUAUUGGGGAGCAACCUGUACCUGUUUUUUCACUCUAAAUGUCACCCACUUUCAUCUAUAGAAUGAUCUGAACUUAUUACAAUUUUUUCACAAUACAGUAGAUGAAGAUGGUCUGAGUUUUGUUGAAAAUGCAAAGUUGUCUUUAAAGGACAUGCGUUUUGAAUGUCAAGAUUUUAAUAUGUAAGAAUCUCUGUUUUAUCCCAAUGAAGGAGCUUUUCCCACAGGAAAAAUGGGAUGAAAAAAGACGUGUGAAGAGCAGUUUUUAUAUAAGAAAAUGGUGAAAUGUUGAAAAUAUUACUAUAUUUUUUAGUAUUUUUAUUUUGCCUAAAUGUUUAUGAAUAAGUCACAAGGAGGAAGUAAUUUAAAAUGCCAAAGGAAUUGUUAGACUGUAAAAUAAGUGAAAGAAAAUGAUGUACAAAGUUGUACAGACUCAGACAGCAUGAUAUAACAAUCAUUUUAAAUCAGUCCUGUGAUAAUUGGUGGUUAGAUUUAGUUACAUAUUAGUGAUUUUUGUUUUUAUUCAGAAGAAUUUUAGUUAUGUCCUAUAUAUUCUCUUGCAUAAUUGAUAGAGCAAGAGCUUUAAUACUGAAUAAUAGGCAGAAAUAUACACUGUUACAUAUACUUUUUGUUGUUGUUUCAGAAUGUAUUUUUUUAGUUACAUUUAGUUUGUGUUGGAAGCAAAAAUGUCUUGCCAGAAUACUAGAUCAGAAUUAUUUAUUGAUGUGUUUUCGGCCUUAUUGAUGCAUUAUUUGUAUCUUUAUUAUGAUUUAUAAAAACAUAAUUCUGUGGAUCAUGUGAUGAUUUUUUAUGAUUUACAGAUCCUUGAGAUAAAGAAUACACCUAAUUGUAUUUUUAUCAUGUAAAGGAUCCUUACUGCAGAGGUUACAGUAAUUUGUAUGAUAUAUUUGAGUUUAAGAGUAAAUGUACACAUGGAA